GCGUCUCUGAUAUCAUGAGUGGUGAGAUCGGGAACCUGAGUCCUAAACAGGCCGAAAAACUCGAAGAGUUCAAGGCGCAAGUAAAAGACAUUCUGAACAAACCCAGCCGUGAUGAUUACUAUUGUCUAAGAUGGUUAAGAGCAAGAAACUUUGAUGUUGGGAAAGCAGUGACUAUGAUUAGAAAUAGUAUGGAAACCAGGAAAAAGAUGGGCUUAGACACCCUCAUCACAGACUUCAAGGCACCUGAGGUGAUGGAGAAGCAUUAUCAAGGUGGGCUGGUAGGAGAAACUAAAAAUGGUAAUCCAAUCUGGAUCGAUCCUAUUGGAGGAAUUGAUCCCAAAGGUCUAUUGAGAUCUGCGAGAAACAAAGACAUAAUACUUACAAGACUACAGAACACUGAAAGGAUGUAUGAAGAGUUAUUGCCAGCAUUGAGCAAAAAGUAUGGAAAACGUAUUGAGGGCCUGUGCUACAUCAUGGACUUGGAAGGACUAGGAACAAAGCAUCUAUGGAAACCAGGCAUUGAUCUGUUCAAUCAGUUUUCAACAAUACUACAAGAUAACUACCCCGAAUCUUUGAAAGUUAUCUAUAUAGUACGAGCACCUAAGAUUUUUCCGGUAAUCUACGCACUGAUCAAGCCUAUUUUAGAUGAAAGAGUCCGCAAGAAGAUUCAAGUUCUUGGUCAAAAUUUCCAGUCUGCCUUACUCAAGGACAUUCCAGCAGAAAGUUUGCCUGUUCAUUGGGGAGGUACUAUGACCGAUCCUAAGACUGGUGAUCCCAAAUGCCCAAGUCUGGUUAACCCGGGAGGCACAAUCCCGCAAAAGUUCUAUAUUCAAGAAAUCCAAGUUCCAGAAGACAAAAACUUGGAAAGUCAAACAAUCAAAAAGAAGUUCGAUUUGACAUUCGAGGUAACGAAGAAAGAUAGUGCAAUCAGAUAUGUAUUCAAAACUGAAGGUGGUGACAUAGGAUUGGCUGUGUUUUUACAAAUUGGUUCGAAGGAAAUGAAACCUCUCAAAGAAUUGGAGAAACAUAACAGCCAUUUAGUCUACGAGGAUGGCAGUUUUGAUUGUCCCGAACCAGGAACAUAUAUCUUAAGGUUUGAUAACUCACACUCCUGGACCAAGAAUAAAACUCUUCACUACUUCGCUGAAGUCAUCGAGCCAGAUGCACUUCUUGACGAGAUGAGUACUGACUUAUCAAUUGUCGAUUGGUUUUAUUAUGAAUUCUACAAUUCGAGCAUGGAAAACAGGAAGAAAUUGGGCUUAGAUUCGAUUGUUACGGAUUACAAAGCGCCUGAGGUAAUUGAAAAGUACUACCAAGGUGGAAUGGUUGGAGAGGACAAACAGGGCAAUCCAGUAUGGAUAGAUCCGAUGGGAAACAUUGACCCCAAAGGCCUGUUAAGGUCAGCCAAAAAGAAGGACAUAGUAUUGUCUCGAAUACAACAUAUUGAACAGUUGUAUCAGGACGUAUUCCCAGGGUUAAGCAAAAAGUAUGGAAAACACAUACAGGGUAUGACAUAUAUCAUGGACCUGGAAGGUUUAGGUACGAAGCAUCUAUGGAAGCCAGGUCUAGAUACUUUUAUUGAGUUUUUAAAAGUUCUGCAAGACAACUAUCCAGAGACUUUGAAAAUCAUCUACAUCGUGAGAGCUCCAAGGAUCUUCCCAGUUAUAUAUGCGUUAAUCAAGCCUUUCUUGGAUGAACAUGUGCGCAAGAAGAUUCAAGUUCUCAGUCAGAACUUCCAGUCAACUCUACUGAAAGACAUUCCUGCAGAAAGUUUGCCAGUUCACUGGGGAGGUACAAUGACUGAUCCCAAGACUGGUGACCCCAAGUGUCCCCAUCUGAUAACCCUCGGUGGCCCGGUUCCAGAGAAGUACUACAAUCAAGAACCAGUUGUUCCAGAAGACAAGAACUUGAAUGUAGAAGUAGUAAAGAAGAAAUUCGAUUUGACAUUUGAAGUGACGAAGAAAGACAGUGCAAUAAGAUAUGUAUUCAAAACUGAGGGAGGUGAUAUAGGCCUGACUGUGUUCUUACAGACUGGUGAUAAGGAAAUGAAACAGGUUCAGGAAAUGGAGAAACAUAGCAGUCAUCUGGUUUACGAAGAUGGAAGCUUUGAUUGCCCCGAAGCUGGAACAUACGUCUUAAGGUUCGACAACUCUCACUCCUGGACCAAGAAUAAAACUCUUCACUACUUUGCUGAAGUCAUUGAACCAGAUGCACUACUUGAUGAGAUGAGCACUGAUUUGUGA